AUGGCCGCUCCUGAAAUCCCCACCAAUCAGAAGGCCAUUAUUUACGACCAGCCUGGGACGGUUUCGACAAAGAUUGUGGAACUAGAUGUCCCAGAGCCUGGUACGGGCGAGGUUCUCAUUAAUUUAACACAUUCCGGCGUGUGCCACUCGGACUUUAGUAUCAUGACCAACAGAUGGAGCGCGUUCCCACACCCAACUCAGCCAGGCCAAGUGGGCGGCCACGAAGGUGUCGGCAAGGUAGUCAAACUCGGUGCAGACACCGAAUCCUCAAACCUAAAGAUCGGCGAUCGAGUCGGUGUCAAAUGGGUUUCCAGUGCAUGUGGGCACUGCCUCUCCGGCUACUACACCCCAGGAACAUUCCAGCAAUACACACUAGGACCCGCAAACUACAUAACCCCUAUCCCAGACGGUCUCGACUCCGCCUCGGCAGCACCACUGCUCUGCGCCGGCGUAACAGUAUACUCCGCACUGAAACGCAGCAACGCGCGGCCCGGACAGUGGGUGAUAAUCUCCGGUGCCGGCGGCGGGCUAGGCCACCUCGCAGUACAGCUCGCGAGCCGGGGAAUAGGCCUGCGCGUAAUCAGCAUCGACUACGGCAGCAAAGAGGGACUCGUCAAGGAAUCUGGGGCAGAGCAUUUCGUGGAUAUCACGCAGUUCCCGAGGGACGAUGAUGGGGCCGCGCUGACGAAGCACGUUCAUUCGCUGGCAGAUGGACUGGGCGCUCACGCGGCGAUUGUCUGUACGGCUGUGAAUGCGGCGUAUGCGCAGGCGCUGUCGUUGUUGCGUUUCAAUGGUACGCUGGUCUGCGUGGGCAUUCCGGAACAUGACCCGCAGGCUAUUGCGACGGCGUUCCCGUCUGCGAUGGUUGGCCAGCAGUGGACUAUUACCGGGUCGGCGGUUGGGAGUCGGAAGGAGGCGAUUGAGACUAUGGAGUUUGCUGCCAGGGGUGUCAUUAAGGUGCAUUAUCGGAUAGAGAAGAUGGAUGCUUUGACUGGGGUGUUCAAGGAGCUCGAGGAGGGGAAGAUGCAGGGUCGGGUUGUGUUGGAUCUUUCUGGAUGA